GUGUGCCGGUGUCUAUUUCGCCUAUUUGUGCAGUCAUAUUAGGGUGUCUAGAUUGAUAUAUGUGUGUAUCACAUUUUUACCAUCGUUGUAUCUUAUGUCUUCUAUUUUCUACUCCGGCUACUCAUCCAAAACCACAUAUCUAGCUUGGGAGAGAGGAUUUGCAGUCUCGCCAAACAAUGAGUGAGUCCAGUAUCUGCCAGGUGCGAGCCACGGUCAUGCAGUAUGAUGAUGGUAACAAGCGCUGGGUGCCGGCGGGUGAGGGGGGCCAGGCCAUCAGCAGGGUCCAGAUCUACCACAACCCCGUAGCCAACACAUUCCGAGUGGUGGGACGCAAGAUGCAGGGUGACCAGCAGGUGGUGAUCAACUGCCCAAUCGACAAGAGGCUGAAGUACAACCAGGCUACCGCCAACUUCCACCAGUGGCGGGAAGGCCGGCAGGUGUGGGGGAUGAACUUUGGCAGCAAGGAGGAAGCUGUUCUCUUUGCCAACGGCAUGAUGCAUGCCCUGGAGGUGCUGAGUGCACUCACUGACUCAGGCUACUCCUCUCUCCCCCGCCCUGUCCAGAAUGGACCCUCCCCAGAGGAGCUGGAGCAACAGAGGAGACUGGAGCUGCAGAGGCAGGAGCAGCAGGAGAGAGAGCGGCUGGAGAGCGAGAGACAGGCCGCACCCAUCCCCCCUGCAGCCCCGCCUGCUCCUCCCUCUGCCCCCGGUGGCCCCCCGGCUCCCCCAGGACCGCCUCCACCCCCAGGCCCCCCACCUGCUGGCCCCCCACCCCCACCUGGCCCCCCACCACCCCCUGGGUCUGGGGCCCCACCUGCCCCACCUCAGUCUGGUGGAGGGGGAGGAGGAGGAGGGGGCGAUGGAGGGGGUCUCGGUGGGCCCGGGGGACUAGCUGCAGCCCUAGCAGGAACCAAACUACGCAAAUCGGCCAAGGAGGAUGGUGGUGCGGCAGCACCUCCUCCAUCGGGAGGAGGAGGUGGUGGUGGGGGAGGAAAUCUGAUGGGGGAGAUGAGUGCCAUCCUGGCCCGACGGAAGAAAAUGUCAGAUAAUCCAGGCGUAAAGAAGGAUGUGCCCAGCAAUGAAGACUCCUCAAAGUCCUCAGGCCAAGGUGACAGCCUCAGGAGACCGUGGGAGAAAUCAGCCACCAUUCCAAGGACUAACUCAACCACCAAGACCCAGCUGCAGGAGAGCAGCCCCACCUCCACCACCCCUGCUCUUCCUCCCGCCCCCUCAUCUCCAUCCUCUGCCCCAUUGCCCAGGAUGAAGGCAGUGAACAACACCACGGCCAGCACAGGCAGUGAAGACACAGAGAUGGAGAGAAUCAAGCAGGAUAUCCUUGAGGAAGUGAGAAAAGAGCUCCAUAAAGUGAAAGAUGAAAUUAUCGGGGCAUUUAUCCAGGAGCUGCAGAAGAGAGGCCCAGUAUAGUCUCUCAACAUAUAGCCACUGGCACCUGGACAGAAGAUGGUGGGGAGGGGUGGAUGGAUCAUACAUUUCCUGCACUGUUCAGGCUGUUCUCCCUCAAUGUUCUACUCACCACACACCUAUACGUUUAGGAUUGUACCAAUCGGCACUCUUCCGAAAUUCUGUUCGCCGUUAUUUUUCUCGUUUCAAGAGCUUUGCUGUGCCUCUCUUGCUCCGCCAUCACUGCCUACCUUACUCUACUCACCUCCCAAGUCAACUCCCAAAUCUUACCUGUGUCCAUUUCUGGCCUUACUCUUCACUAGAGAAAACAAUUCAGGGAAUAUCAUCGACCACACCAUCGAAACGCAGUACAUUUCCAACAGUUGCACAUUUAAAAGUCAACCUAACUUUGGUCGCUGCAGCAGAAGUCAUUUUUUUUGUAUAUUUUUGUAACAAGCUGCAGUAGUUGACCACAGGGGGGCACUGUGAAUCAGGAGAAUCGCACAUGAAGCCUAUCUCUGUAGUUUCUGUACUACCCAGGAGCAGUUAGGGAACUACAAAUCCCAGCUCGUAACAAUAAGGGAGUUCUCCUGGUUAAAUGUCUGUCUGUCCGUCUACAGCUAUUAAAAGUAAGGUGUUGAUCUUGGGUCAGUUUUGCAUUUUCCCAACUAGUGGUUUAUGUUAGGAUUAGAGGCGGGGAACCUGAUCCUAGAUCUCUACCAAGGGGAAACUUCACCCCGGAGCCACUUGAUACUGGUUGUCCUCUGAGCUCUGGCUACACCUCACAUCAACUGUUUUUUUUUCACCUCAGGGAUUAGCGGAUGCAUAUCAGUUAGGACCGUCUGCACCGGGUCCUAUUCCAGUUACCAUGCCCACUUUUCCAUGUAGCACAGACAACCCCAGCAGACCACCUAUAGAUGACAAAUGGGCCCAAUCCCAAAUCAACCCCUAGCCCCUGCAACCUCUGCCUCACUAGUAGAGAUGUGAGAAGAUUGGUGUAAGCAAUAUGGAAAAAUGUCAUUCAGCCAAUCAGCGCAAGUUGGAGCUAUUACCAUAUUACUUACGCCUGUCUUAUCCAUUCAGAUCUCCACAAGUACAUAUGGCUAGGGGUCGAUAUGGGAUAUGAUGACAGUUUGCCACCUGAACACAAGCAUAGUUAUUAGAAUGGGCAUUGUCCUCUAAAAGCAAUGAACAAUUGUUGAUUGGAUGUUAGGUGAACAAUUGUAUCUAUUUAAGAAUGAAUAAAUCUUUUUUAAGCACUUUAAUGCCUGACAUUUCCUAGCUCCCUGUGAAGCAUGUCCAAUAGGUUGCCAACCAUAUCCAUUUCCCAAUGACAUGGAGAACUAUGCCUGUUCUGUCCAUUCUAUUUCUACGUUCCUAACACUGCCUACUCUUCUAGUCGCCACAUAAGAAGAGGGGAGCAGGUUGGGGACUGUACCUGGUAUGAUUCUGCUGCAGUGCAGGUAACUGCAACGUAUCACUGUGCAGUCCAGGGACUUGUACCUGACUGUGUAGGAUCUUCUAAAGACACAGUGCCUCCAGAAAGUAUUCACACCCCUUGACUUUUUCCACAUUUUGUUGUGUUACAGCCUGAAUUUAAAAUGGAUAUAUGUCA